UUCGUGGAACAUCGUUCGCCAGCCGUUCGCCAGCCGUUCGCCAGUCAUCGGCGCGCUGUCGGCUAUGAUAGUUGCGCUUAUACCCAUAAGCCGAUAACAUAACGGUACACCGAUCCUCGAUGUCUGGUUUUAUCGUGAGAUCACGCAGAGCACCACGUGCACCAUAAACCAAUUGAACUGGUAAAUUUUGCGAGAGCAAAAGUAAACGGCGAACGAACACAACAAAAUUUCCUCGUAAUAACGGCAAAACGAGAGAAGAUUAAAAAAGUGCAGUGAAUCGACAUGCUCGAUUAAAGCGAGCGGAAUAAUAUUUUGAAAUUGUUGUGACGUGUUUGUUUUUUUUCCGUACGCUUAACUGACCAGCGGAACUGAAGCAAUUCGAAUUCAACGCGCAUUUCCGCAUUUCGUGAUGACCUCACCGACGCAUUGUUCGCCCUCGCGGUCGUCUCUGAGUUGCUGCCAAUUUGAUCGCAUCAGUCAAGAUGACGUGCGGGAUCCGGCAAUUAUCGGUAACAACAAUUAUUUCCUGAAACGGGAGAAGCACUGUUUCCCGAAAAGGCCUCAGCUCGACUUGUCAUUUCGCGAUAUACGUUAUCGCGUCAGAGAAUGGAGUCUAUGUAGAUUCUCAGCCCACGAGAAAGAAUUUCUGCACGGCGUCAGCGGUGAAUUUAAGGCCGGUGAAUUAGUGGGUAUUAUGGGGCCAUCCGGAGCCGGAAAGUCGACGUUACUCAACGUUCUCGCUGGUUUCACAGUAAAGGGUGUGAGCGGAGAGAUUCUGAUCAAUGGCAAGGUUCGGCUACCGUACAGCGAGCGAUGGAAGAGGAUGUCGUGCUACAUACAGCAAGAUUCUAUUCUACGUACACGGAUCACCGUAGGAGAAGCUAUGACUGUGGCCGCUCACCUGAAGCUUGGUUGCACAAUCAGUUCCGCCUACAAACACACUCAGGUUUUGGAGUUGCUAGAAAUGCUGGGAUUGAGUCAUUGCUACGACACACUAUGCGGAAAAUUGUCGGGAGGACAAAAGAAGCGACUUGACAUCGCUUUGGAACUCUUGACCAACCCUUCAGUAUUGUUCCUCGACGAACCGACGACUGGUCUGGAUGCUGUUUCGUGCAGCCAAUGCGUCGCUCUUAUGAAACGAUUGGCGAGAUUGGAGAGGCGUACGGUAAUUUGUACGAUUCAUCAACCAAGUGCCUUGAUCCUCGAGAUGUUUGAUUCCUUGUACGUCGUGGCCGAUGGUUACUGCAUAUAUAGAGGCCCGGUUAGCUCCUUGUUACCACACUUGGCUUCCCUUGGCGCCAAUUGUCCAUCUUAUCACAAUCCGGCGGAUUUCGUUCUCGAGGUGGCGAUCGGCGAAUACGGUGUUUCGCUCGAUAAGCUGAUAGCGGCAGAGGAAACGCUACAGGUCAAUCAGAAGUCGGUCGCUCUUACCAGGGAUCUGUCUGAAGAAAAAAUUGCUAUCAAAGAACCACCACCGCCCGCCGGUUUCCUAAUGCAAUGCUAUCUUCUAUAUAAGAGGCAGUUGUUGUGUUUGAAAAGAGACUAUUCGCUGUUUAUGGCGCGAUUGUUUUGUCACCUUUUGAUCGGCAUGAUCUUCGGGUAUCUGUACAUGGGAAGCGGCUACCGAGCCAACGGUGUUCUAGCAAAUUACGUAUAUAUGUACGGAUCGUUAUUACUCCUCGUCUAUACCGGAAAGAUGGCCGUCACUCUGGCCUUUCCACUGGAGAUGCAAAUUCUCAUGAGAGAACAUUUUAACCGUUGGUACCGACUAGCACCGUAUUAUAUCAGCAUAUUGCUUAUCGAAAUACCUUUUCAAGCGGCCUGUGCGGCGACAUAUCUUAUCGUGAGUUACUGGUUAACCGGUCAACCCAUAGAGACAAAUCGUAUAAUAUCUUUCAUGAUAGUCAGCAUAGCCGCCAGUUUAACGGCCCAGGCAUGGGGUUUCUUUAUCGGUGCUACCACACCAAUUAAGAUUGCAGUCUUUGCCGGUCCCAUAAUCGCAGUGCUGUUUUCCAUUUUUGGUUUCUGCAUACGUUAUAUAGAUACUCCAUUGGCGUUCCGUUGGAUGUUCCAUAUAUCGUAUUUCCGUGCGGGCUUCCAGAGCUUGCUAUACACUGUAUAUGGAUUUGAUAGAACGGACUUAAAGUGCGACGAAUUUUACUGUCAUUACAAGAAACCCACCAAGUUUCUCACAGAGAUGGAUAUCGUCGACGUAAAUGUGGUAAAUAAUCUGAUAUUAAUACUUGGUAUUGGUGUACUGAUGCAUCUUUUAACUGCCAGUGCGCUCUGGUGUAAGCUCAACAGGAGAUGA